UGGCUGCAUUUUACUUUACUGCUGUCAACAUCUUUUUAAAAGAUUCGAAUUAGGAAUGGCGGCUACAGCUAGAUCACUACUAAAGCUUCGAGAUAGUAUCUCCGUUGGUGUACGUUUUGGGUCAGAAUAUGCCAAGACGCGUGGCAACUUGCAAUUAACAGCUGAUUCACGUGUUAUAUGCCAAGGCUUUACCGGUAAACAAGGUACUUUCCACAGCCAACAAGCUUUAGAGUAUGGCACCAAAAUCGUUGGUGGAAUCUCUCCCAAGAAAGGCGGCACUACACAUCUUGGUCUGCCAGUAUUUGCUUCGGUAGCUGAAGCGAAAAAGGCAACCGAUCCUCACGCAACUGUUAUCUAUGUGCCACCACCUGGUGCAGCGGCUGCUAUUUUGGAAGCUCUGGAAGCCGAAAUUCCAUUGAUUGUUUGUAUCACCGAAGGAGUGCCUCAGCAUGAUAUGGUACGCGUAAAACACGCUCUAUUGAGGCAAAACAAAUCACGUCUAGUUGGUCCCAAUUGCCCCGGUAUCAUUGCACCUGAAAGAUGCAAGAUUGGCAUCAUGCCUGGUCAUAUCCACAAGCGUGGUAAAAUCGGUGUUGUAUCCCGUUCAGGUACACUCACAUAUGAAGCCGUGAAUCAGACUACUGAAGUUGGCCUUGGACAAACAUUGUGUGUUGGUAUCGGUGGUGAUCCGUUUAACGGUACCGACUUCAUCGAUUGUUUGGAAAUAUUCUUGAAGGAUCCAGACACUAAAGGUAUUAUUCUAAUCGGUGAAAUUGGUGGUGUGGCUGAGGAAAACGCUGCCGAAUACCUGACACAAUAUAACACGGGCAUUAAAGCGAAACCGGUCGUAUCAUUUAUUGCCGGUCUAUCCGCUCCCCCCGGUCGCCGUAUGGGUCAUGCUGGUGCCAUUAUCUCUGGUGGUAAGGGAGGUGCUGGUGAUAAAAUUAAAGCUCUCGAACAAGCUGGUGUUAUUGUAACCAGGAGCCCUGCACAAAUGGGCAAGGAAUUGUACAAAGAGAUGAAACGUCUGGAGUUAGCCUAGAAUUUAAUGAAAAGCUAGGAGGCAGCAGCAUAACUCAACCGUUCAACAACCGAAAUGUACAUUAAGGGGAAGGCACAUAUUAAAGCGAUCAACUAAGUAAAAAGUUAAAUGUGGAAUAUGACAGCUUGUUUGGUGAUAAAUGAAAGAUGAUUGAAAAAAUAUAAAAUAUAAAUUAUACGAUUACUAAAGCAAAUAAAACAAAAGUAAAAAAAAAACAAAAACGUACAGUGAACAUUUCCAUACCUAACUGCCGAGAAUAAAAUGCGAAAAUUAUGAACAAAGAGAUCUUAAACACAGUUGCCACAAUAAUAAAUAGUCAAACUAAAUUCAUAAAAUAGUAAAUAUUACCACCAAAAAAUUAAUAUACUCGGGCUCCAGCCAAUAUAUUUAUAAUAUAAAAUGUAAGCAUUAUUUCUCUGCACUCUCUUAAUGUUUUGCAUGAACAAGUAACUACACUAAAUAUGCACUGAGUUAAGAAUAUACACAGCACUUUACACUUACAUUACUUAAGCGAUCGUGCAAACAAUUUUUGCCUAGUUCAAUACUUUUAUUUCAAACGUGAGCUGCAUGCAACAGCAUCCUAUUUGCCAGCAAAAAAAAAAAAACAAGUUUUUACUAAGCUAAAUAUGUUUAAUU